AUGAAGACUGUUGCGAUCGCCGCUGCCGUUGCAGCCAUCGGCUCCGUCCAGGCUGCCUCUAUCCAAGCCCGUGAGGGAUGGCAAGACACGCCAGUUUUGGACACCACCACCACAACUCCCGAGCCCGUUAAGGAGACCACCACGACUCCUGCCGCAGAGCCAACGUACUGGGGUGAUGUUCCUGUUGAGGGCGGUGAGACUACCACCACGACUCCUGCAUGGACCAAGCCAGUUGAGGGUGGUGAGACCAGCUCCACGACCACUCCUGCAUGGACCAAGCCUACCAAGCCUGUUGAGGGUGGCGAAACCUCCAGCACUACUACCACCGCUGCUCAGACUUACUGGGGCGAUGUUCCCGUAGAGGGCGGUGAGACCUCGACCACCACCACCACGACUCCCGCCGUUGAGACCGUCUGGUCCGACGUCCCUGUUGAGGGUGGCGAGACCUCCACUACUACCACUCCCGCUGUUGAGACCGUCUGGAGCGAUGUUCCCGUCGAGGGUGGCGAGACCUCGAGCACCACCACUGCUCCUGCUGUGGAGACCGUCUGGAGCGAUGUUCCCGUCGAGGGCGGCGAGACUGAUGCCAGCACCUGGGUCGAGGUCCCCGCCCCGACCGAGCCUGCUGGUGAGAGCCAUAUCACCUUGACUGGUACCAUUACUGAGACAAAGACAGUCGAGCCCGUUUCCAGCUGGGCUGAUGUCACGUCCGUUGCGCCUGUGGUCCCUACCUCUUCCUCCACCUGGGUUGACUGGGCUUCGUCUGCUGUUGGUGCUGACGAGUGCGUGAUCACCGUCAUCACCAAGUACGGCGAGCCCACCUGGGUCCCUGAGGGUGCCGUCGAGUCCAGCACUUGGGCUGAUGUCCCGGCCGUUCCCAGUGUUCCCACUUCGCCCGAGGAGAGCACCAGCUCGUGGGUUGAUGUCCCAGUUGUUCCCACCACCCCAACCUCCCCUGAGACUGCCACUACCUGGGCCGAGGUUCCCGAGCCAUCCAAGCCCGUUCUUGGUGGCGAGGGUGAGGAGUGCGCCGAGGAGACUGUUACCGAGACCGCCAUUGUGACCGUCACCGUCACUGGUUCCGCUACUUGGGCUGAUGUUGAAAUCACCUCGACCACCACUGAGCCCUCUGUUGAGACUCAGUGGAGCGAAGUCCCCGUGGAGGGCGGCGAGACCACCACUACCCCUGCCUGGACCAAGCCCACCAAGCCUGUCGAGGGUGGCGAGACCUCCAGCACCACCACCACUGCCCCUGCCGAGAAGACCCACUGGGCUGAUGUCCCCGUCGAGGGUGGCGAGUCCAGCUCCACCAAGCCAGUUGAGACCACCACCACCACCCCAUCGUGGACCAAGCCCACCAAGCCAGUUGAGGGCGGUGAGACCACCACCACUACCCCAUCAUGGACCAAGCCCACUAAGCCCGUCGAGGGCGGCGAGACCACCACUCCCGCUGUCCCCGAGGAGACCCCCGUCUACUGGGGUGAUGCGCAGUGA